CAGUGCCUACCUGCUGGUGUGAGAUUGUAUGACUGAGUGUGUGUGUGAGAGAGAGAGAGAGAGAGAGAGAGAGAGAGAGAGAAAAUAUAUGAAGUGUGCUGUGCUCGCCCUGUCAAUAACAUACCACCAAUGCGUUAAAUGCGAAGCGAUGGGAAUCUCGCAGUCAUGUAUCUGCGAAGAACCGUGUUAGCUUUGUUCUUGGUGACUGGAUUAAUAUCGCCGGGUGAUGCAGCUUUGAAGUGUAACUGUACUAACUGUGAAAAAAGUGGCUAUGAGUGUGAGACAGAUGGAGCCUGCAUGGCCUCCACCUCCUACAUUAAAGGCCAGGAGCAGCAUGUGCGCAUCUGUAUUCCACGUGAGAGUCUAAUUCCACCUGGUCAACCCAUCUACUGCCUGAGUGCUGAGGGAGUUCUCAACACACACUGCUGCUACACAGACUACUGUAACAGCAUCGACCUGCAGGUCCCUAAUGGAGUUCCUGAGCAUGCAAGCUGGUCAAGCCCAGCUAGUAGCUGGGGCCCAGUGGAGUUAGUAGCAGUCAUAGCAGGACCAGUCUUCGUUUUCUGCCUGUUGCUGAUCAUCGGUGUCUUCCUGUUCCAGCACCACCAGAGGAACUACAACCACAGGCAGAGGCUAGAUGUAGAAGAUCCCUCAUGUGACCAUCUUUACCUUGCCAAAGACAAAACCCUGCAAGACCUCAUAUUUGACUUGUCCACCUCUGGCUCUGGAUCUGGUCUACCUCUGUUUGUGCAGAGGACGGUGGCGAGGACCAUCGUGCUGCAGGAAAUUAUAGGAAAGGGGCGAUUCGGGGAGGUGUGGAGGGGUAAGUGGAGAGGAGGAGACGUGGCUGUGAAAAUCUUCUCUUCCAGAGAGGAACGCUCCUGGUUCCGUGAGGCUGAGAUCUACCAGACGAUCAUGCUCCGGCACGAAAACAUCUUGGGAUUCAUUGCAGCAGACAACAAAGACAAUGGCACGUGGACUCAGCUGUGGCUGGUUUCAGACUAUCAUGAAUAUGGCUCUCUGUUUGACUACCUGAACCACUACUCUGUCACCAUUGAAGGCAUGAUCAAGUUAGCUCUGUCAGCUGCUAGUGGCCUUGCCCACCUGCAUAUGGAGAUCCUUGGCACGCAGGGAAAGCCUGGCAUUGCACACAGAGACCUCAAAUCUAAAAAUAUCCUGGUAAAGAAGAAUGGCACCUGUGCUAUAGCGGACUUGGGCCUGGCCGUACGCCACGAGUCCGUCACCGAUACGAUUGACAUCGCCCCUAAUCAGAGGGUGGGCACCAAGAGAUAUAUGGCACCAGAAGUGUUGGAUGAAACCAUCAACAUGAAGCAUUUUGAUUCUUUUAAGUGUGCCGAUAUCUAUGCAUUAGGACUGGUGUACUGGGAGAUAGCAAGACGAUGCAACACUGGGGGCAUCCAUGAGGAGUACCAGCUGCCUUACUAUGACCUUGUGCCCUCUGACCCUUCCAUAGAGGAGAUGAGAAAGGUUGUGUGUGACCAGAGACUGCGGCCUAACGUGCCCAACUGGUGGCAGAGCUACGAGGCUUUGAGGGUGAUGGGGAAGAUCAUGCGCGAGUGCUGGUACUCUAACGGAGCAGCCAGACUCACGGCUCUGCGCAUUAAGAAGACACUCUCGCAGCUCAGCGUGCAGGAGGACGUUAAGAUGUGAUGCGCACACGGGUUGCUGCGCCCCUUCCCAGACACGCACACUCGGAGUGACCUGCCAGUUUCAGACAGUUUUAUAACGUUGUGACAGGGACUACCUCACCUUUUUAGCCAAAACUACUGAGCUUAAGGCCACUCCAGCUGUUCUUCAAUCCCACCAUGGGCUCCCAGUCCAGUCUGUCUGUCUGUCUUUAUCAAGUCGACGCUUCACACCUCCACUGCAUGGACUUUUUCAUUCUAAGGCAGGAUUAAUUCAUUAACUGUGAUGGGACACAGUGCUGGGAUGGGAUUUUUUUUUUUUUUUUUUUUUUAAUUGAAAAGUCUUGGCUUGUUUGAAAAUGGACUAUUGUGUACUAAAGAGCAUGGUUGUAUAUGUGGUCUUAUUUUGUGUGUCUUCUUUAUCCCUAUACAAUAUGCAGUAGUCUAAAUCAUAGCCUGUUCUCCACUGUGGUGUUGGGAUUGUGUUUCCUGAUUUUUAAUUUUUAAAUCUGCCUUUUAGUAUAAAAAAAAGCAUAAAGAAAUGGAGUCGUGAGAUAGAUGUACAGUGGCGGUUAGAUUGCAGGAUCUAGACUUAGUUACUGUACAAAAAGGCAUGUUUCUUAUAAGCAUUAAGGUUUAUGUUCAGUUGACUGUUUACCAGGGAGUGUUUUAUUUUUCAUUUUUAAAUCCCCCUUCUUUUAUAUGUAAUAUAGCUGUUCAGGACACUGUGAGAUUAGUGCUCAUUCAGGUUAUGGCCAUUAAUGAUAUUAAUAUGAUGUAUACACUAUAUAAUGCUGUGCAAACAUCCAAUUCAUGGCAAGAAAUGUAGCAGAAUUUUAUUGUUUUUCCCCCUCACAUUUCUGAGCAUGCACUAUACCCAAUUUGUCUUUUGCCGAUAGGAUUUUAUGAACUGCACUAUUGUUCCUUUGGGAAAGUGGCCGAAGCCGACCGUUCACACUACUAUAAGAAGCAUCCUGUAAAUGGUUCGUGUAAAAUAAUGCCUCGGUCUAUCUGCUUAUUUAUGAUGUAACAGUUCUAUUCUAUAACUUUCUAUGCUGUGUUUUCAUCACGUAUUUUAUCUUUUGUAAUUCAAUCGAAUGGGAAGGUACUACUGACUGCUCAGUUCCUUGCAUGAAUGAAAAUCUCGAAGCGUUUAGGUUUCGUAGUUCUGUUUAUGAACCGAGUAGCUUCAUAUGCUGGGGUCUGUCACAACGCUCUAUAUCUAAAUGCAGGAAUCGACACCCGGGCCCCAGUGUGAUUUAUAGAAUUUGUGUGUGCGUGUCUGUUUUUUUUUCUUCUUCUUUUCCUCCCCGUCAAUCCAGGCUUUUUUUCUGGGCUGUUUGAAAAGUCUAUAACAGUUGAAUGAGCACAGUGGAUGAAUACACAGUUACAUAAUGAAUCCUGUUCGUCUGGACUAGCAUAGAGUUUCCGAUUAUAGGGAGUGAGUGAAUACUUACACUAUAUAACAUUAAUAUUGUUAAGUCAGGAGGUUACUAAUUAAGCAAGCUUUUUUUGUUGCACCAAACUCAGUCUGGUAGUCAUUUCACAAAGACAAAAGUACUGUAAAGAAAGGAAAGAACUGUAAAGUCUGCUGUCAGUAAAUGUUAACUUUUUUUAAUCACUUGAUUGAACAAUCUACCUUAUCGCUUGCAUUCUCCGGGUCGGGCACUGGAAUCUUUUGACUAAUGUAAGGAAUAUGGACUUGUCACCACCUUUUUAUUUAUAACUGUGUUUUGCAGCUGUAAUUCACUUUAGAUUUUGAGACUUACUGCAUAAUCUUACAUAGCAAAUGCCUACGACAUAAGGAGGGAGGAUCACUGGAAAAAUCACACUGGUGUGUAGACUAACUGCCCUUGUUUGGUUUGUCACAAAGACUGGAUGCCUGUAAUUUAAACCAUGUGUUAAGCCCAUGUGAAAUAUAAAUUCCUUUGGGGAUUUGUUGAAAUUGUACAUAAUACAUUUUGUUUUCUUA